AUGGACGCGGACGAGGACCUGGACUUCGACGAGCAGACGGAGUGGAGGAAAGCCGGCGCGGCCGCGUGGAUCGCCGCGGGUCUGCCGCGCCGCGACGACGAAGACGGCGGAAAGAAAGCCGUCGCGCGGUCGCUGUCGCUGUCGCCCGCGCCGUCGCCGGUGAAGAAGAUGACGGGCGCGGCGCUCCGCGGGCUCGACCGCGGCGCCGUCGCCGCGUCCGAGGAUCUGGGCACGCCCUCGAAGCGCAACGCCGCGCGCAGAGAGGCGAGGGCCGACGACGCGAUCGUCCUCGCCGCGCUGAAGGCGGCGGAGGACGAGCGGAGGAAGAGAGCCGAGGCGACGGACGCGGUCGUCCUCGCCGCGCGCGUGCGCGAGGACUCCGUGAUGCGGCGCGAGCGCGAGCUGAAGAAGGCGGAAACCGACGCCGCCGCCGCCGCCGCCGCGCGCGCCGUCGCGGAAGCCGCCGCGGACGCCGAGCGACGCGUGCGCGAGAUCGAGGACGAUACGCGCCGCGACGCGGAGCGCGCGCGCGCCGCGGCGCGCGACCGCGAGGCGCGAGAGCGCGCGGAGGCGGCGAAGAGGGAGGAGAAGCGGCGUGAGGAUGCCGUUCGCGCCGAGCGAGAGACUCAGGUGCGUUCUAUACACUGGUCCCCAUACGACCGCGUUCGCGUGGUGAACGCCGUUUCUUAA